UCGCUGGACUGGAACUCUGAGCUGGAAGCUAGCGAGGAAUCGGAAUUGGCAUCGCAAUCCGAGCCUGAAUCUGUAUCUGUUUCUGAAUCUGUAUCUGUAUCUGUAUCUGAAUCUGAAUCUGGAUCGGAAUUGGAUUUGGAAUUUGAAUUGAAAUUGGAAUCCCGUGCUAACACCUCUCCAAAUCCGGAUUUGUGUCGUGGUUUCUAUCACUCGAUCGGAAUGAGUUCGAUUAAAUAUCUAAAGAAUAUGACGAAGAAGGAACGCGAGGAGUUCAUUGACUCAUUCGAUUUGGUUUUCUGCGAUUGCGAUGGAGUUGUUUGGUAUCCGCUGAGGGAUUUCAUACCCGGUUCCGCCGACGCAUUGGCCCAUUUGGCCCAACUUGGCAAGGAUGUGACCUUCGUGACCAACAAUAGCAUCAGUUCGCUGAGGGAGCACAUCGAGAAGUUCGAGAAACAGGGCCAUCUUAAGAUUGAUGAGCAUCAAGUCGUACAUCCUGCGCAAACCAUCUGCGAUCACCUGAGCUCCAUUAACUUCGAGGGACUCAUCUACUGCAUGGCCACUCCUCCGUUCAAGGAAGUCCUCGUGAAUGCCGGCUUUCGUUUGACCGAAGAGAGUGGUCCGGGGAUCAUUACGAGCCUGAAGGAUCUGCACGAGGCCAUCUUCUCCGGCGAAGCGGUGGAUGCGGUCAUUAUCGAUGUGGACUUCAACCUGUCGGCGGCCAAGCUGAUGCGCGCCCAUGUUCAGCUCCAGAAUCCACAGUGCCUCUUCCUCGCCGGAGCUGCCGAUGCUUUGAUUCCGUUUGGCAAGGGUGAAAUCAUAGGACCCGGGGCCUUUAUCGAUGUGGUGACCCAGGCGGUGGGUCGUCGGCCCAUAGCUUUGGGCAAGCCAGGAGAGGAUCUGCGCAAGCUACUGCUGGAUCGCCAUCGGGCAAUCCCGCCCAGCCGCGUGCUCUUCGUGGGCGACAGCCUGGCCAGCGACAUUGGAUUCGCGCGCGCCAGUGGCUACCAGACGCUCCUCGUCCUCACCGGCGGCACGAAGCUGGAGGACGUCCAGCGACUGCCCAAAGACCAUCCCCAGAUGCCCGAUUACCUGGCCGAUUGCCUGGGUCAGAUAGCACCCAAUAAUCCGGAGUCGAGUAACCCUGACUCGGCGCAUUCAGUUUGAUGAUAGUGUUCAAGUGUUUGUCAAACUUAUCGGCGGAUUUCAGUUUGCAAUCAAGUUUGUUCGUUGGUAAGGGGCAGACACCCGAAGUAUCUACGAUUACUCACUGCACAGUGUUCCUCGACUGCGGAAGUGAGGGAUACCCUAUUAUUUGGAAA